GCGAAGAAGUGCCUCGAGCACCCACACCUGGCACCUCAGACUCGCCAACGUGCGCAUAUAGUGUCGUCGUUCCACUCGUGCCGCUGGAUCGCUUGUAGCGGGCGCGAAAAGGACAGAUCGCGUCACCAGCAACCUUGGACGAAUGCUGCAAAAUGCUGCACAGUCAUUUUGCCGACAUGCAGCCAUCAGAGCCCAGCUCCUGAGCUACAGUAGACGAUCAAUUGCUCGACAACAGAGUACCGCUGCAAUCGAUGCGACGCAAAAUGCAGCCAUCAAUGUCUUUGAUCUGCUUGAGGCGCGCGGCAUGGUCAAACAGAGCACGAGCAAUGCCGGUCUCCGCACACAUUUGGAAAAUCCCAGAAGCGUCUACUUGGGGAUUGAUCCUACCGCAGAAUCACUUCAUGUUGGACAUCUGCUCGGCCUCGUCGCGCUCGGCCACUUCCAAAGGGCUGGUCACGAGCCUAUCAUUCUGAUUGGCGGAGGAACAGGCACCGUCGGCGACCCGACAGGACGAUCGGACGAACGAAUAGCCCAAACAAGCAGUACUAUCGCCAACAACGCUCGUCUCAUCAAAGCGCAGGUUGAGGGGAUCUUCUACCAUUUCACCUCUUCACUCGAUCGUGACACCUUGCCCGCUCUGCGCGUCGUCAACAAUCGCGAUUGGCUGAAAGAUGUCAGCCUCUUGGAGUUUCUUGCUGGACCAGCAAAGUACGCUCGCGUUAGUCAGAUGCUUGCGAGAGACAGCGCGAAGACCCGGCUAGAAUCGCAGUCUGGCAUGUCCUUCACCGAGUUUACCUACCAACUGCUCCAGGCGUACGAUUUCCUGCACCUCCAUGCUCAUCAGCGCUGCACCAUCCAACUAGGCGGGUCCGAUCAAUGGGGCAAUAUACAAUCCGGUAUCGAUCUCAUCAACCGACGCUGUCGCCCAAUUGGCUUCAGCCAGGAUAUCUCUACAAACCCUCAAGCGUUCGGGAUCACCGUGCCUUUACUGCAGACCGCUGCGGGCGAAAAAUUUGGCAAGUCCGCCGGCAAUGCCAUCUGGCUCGAUCGCGAUCGCACGAAUGACAAGGCAUUUAGCGAUUUCUUUCGUCAGACGCGCGACACAGAUGUGCGGCAGUACUUGCAGUACUUCACAUUCCUGCCGUCGAGAGAGAUUGACGAGAUCAUGCAAAAGCAAGAGACACAACCAGGCUAUGCACAAGAGGUGCUCGCAGAGCAUGUCACUCGCAUCGCUCGGGGACAGAACGAACUCGACAAGGCCAAGGCCAUUAUCAACCUUAUUCAGGGUGGCUCACUUGGCAAAGAACACUUCAAGACUAUCCUGGACGCAAUCGGUCGUACGCCAGAAGAAGCCAAGCUUACCAAUGCUAUCGCAAGGACGUAUAUAGCAGGAGAUAUUAUCAAGAGAGUCGGCCAUCACAAUCUCCUGGUCAUGAGCGGUAUGGCAGAGACGAAGAGCCAAGCGCGCAAAUUCAUGGCUACUGGAAGCUAUCAUGUCAAUGGCGACAAGCUGGAGGCUGACCCCCGAACGACGAUAGCGCGGCAUCUGUACGCUCAAGGUGCGAUCACCGUGGCUCGUGGACGGAGAUCGGCUCUGCACGUCUUUGUCGUGCACCCGCCUGCGUCGACCUAAAUGAAUGCAAUUCAGAUGUGCGCAUUUUGCCUUUGGGCUUGCUUAUGCAGUUGAUGUUAGAAGCUUAGCGACCGUAGGUGGGAUUUGCUGAUGGCUUGUUGUCCAUGAUCUUGUCAAUCUCAUCCAGUAUUUCAGGCGUAAGCUUUGGCAUCAUGUCCAACGCUCCUAGAUUCUCGACAAGUUGCUCUGGCUUGGUCGCGCCGAGCAAGACUGUGCUGACAUGAUCUGCUUUCGCGCACCACGCGAGCGCAAGCUGCGUAGCGCUACCGCCGAGACGCUCAGCAACCUUCGCGAGCUCGGUCACCUUUGCGAUCUUGGCCUUGCCCGACUCAGUUUGCAACUCUUUGAUUGUGUCACUGAAGAAGU